GUUUUGUUGAACGUGAAUGAAAUAUGUCAGCGCGUCCGGUACGGUCUGCAGGAGUACCGAAUAAUCCCGCCAGUGUAUACUAACUGCUGUUAACAUCUGUUCAUUUGAGUGAGCCAUGCUUUUAAGAGUUAUACGUUAAGUGGCCGAAGGUGGCAGAAAUGAAGCCCCUUCCCUCGGAGACAAUUCGGCUGCUGUCCAGCUCACAGGUCAUAACAUCUGUGCUCAAUGUUGUCAAGGAAUUGUUGGAGAACUCUUUAGAUGCCGGAGCUGCAAGCGUUGACGUGAAACUGGAGAACUAUGGACUGGAUCGCAUAGAGGUGAGGGAUAAUGGCUGUGGAAUCAAAGCAGAAGAUGCCCCUGUGAUGGCUGUGAUGCACUACACCUCCAAGAUCUCCAGCCACCAGGAUCUGGAACACCUGGAGACCUACGGCUUUCGGGGAGAAGCACUGGGGUCCAUCUGCGCUGUGGCAGAGGUCGUUCUCACCACAAAGACGGCCGACCAGGACAUCAGCACUCAGUACACUCUGGACCUCACUGGAAAGGUCAUCUCCCAGAAGCCCUCUCACCUUGGCCAAGGUACCACAGUGUGCGUGAUGAAGCUUUUCCGGAACCUGCCGGUGAGGAGGCAGUUCUAUUCCAAUACUAAGAAGUGUAAGGAGAAGCUGAAGAAGGUGCAGGACUUGUUGAUGGCCUAUGCUAUUAUCAAACCAGAGCUAAGAGUCACAUUCACUCACAACAAGGCGGUGGUCUGGCAGAAACCCAGGGUGUCCGAUCACAGGAGGGCCCUCUUGGCAGCGCUGGGAACAGUGCCCACAGCCAACCUGCUCCCCCUCCAACAUCGCCACCAGCAGCCGCAGAUUGCAAUAGAUGGAUACUUUCCAAAACCAGGCUCGGAUGCUUCUGUAAUGAGCUCCAGUAAUUCUGACAGAACAUUUAUUUUUGUGAAUGACCGACCCAUUCAUCACAAAGAUAUUCUGAAGGUGGUCAGACAGCAGUACAGUUCACAGCACACUGGGGACUCUACUCGCUAUCCUACAAUGAUGAUGUCCAUCACCAUUCCUGCAUCCGCGAUUGACGUGAACCUCACACCUGACAAAACUCAAGUGAUGCUCCAUGACAAAGAAGCUGUGCUCUCUGUAGUUGAGGCCAUGCUCAUGAAACUAUAUGGCUCAGAGACAAACUCUGAAUCUGCACCCCCAGAUGAUGCUAUGCCCCCCGGGAGUAGGAAUCCCUCUGUCCAGGUCUCUGUUGUGGAUGAAAAUGGAGGUACAGUUCCAGCUACAGAGUCUGUAAUCACUCAACAGAACACCACCUUGACUGAGCCCUCCUCUUGCUGUGCUGAAGUCCCUCCACCAGGAAGACCAGAUCUUUCCUCCACAAUGCACAGCGAACCAGCCUGUGAAUCAUCUCUGAACCACUCGGCAAACACAAGCUCCUCAUCAUCUUUGGAAGAUUGGGUGAUAAACAAGAGCUUGUGCGAGCUCGACACAAAUCUCCCCUUGGUGAAUGAAGACGUUCUCUUCACCUGUGCCGGCCUAACGGACCAGGCGACUCCAGCUGGUCCAGGAAGCCUGGAGGACUUGGGCAGCGGCGUUGCAGGGAUUUCGGCUGAAAGCUGGAGCACUGGUCGAGCUUUCAGAGAUAGUGACAUAGGAGAACCUCUGGAACCAGUGAAGAUCCACCAGUCUGCUGAAUCUGUCAGAGAAACUGAAAUGGAAUCCAAGAAGAGCCCCUGCAAAAAGACGCUGUCCAAUGCAGUGACUGAGAAAAUGACCAAGCUCACAGCCUACGACCUCAUCAGCAACCGUGCCGUGCGGCAGCCAAUGUCUGCAAGUGCCAUAUUCCAACAGGAAGUCAGACCCACAAUCCUCCUGGAGAACCCGAAGGCGAGCCUAAAGGAAGUCACCCUUGCUAUGGAGGAGCAAUGGAAAAACCUCAAGGAGGAAGACAGGCAGAAGUACGAGGAGAGAGCGGAGAAGGACGCAAGCCGAUACGACCUCCAAAGCAAACGGGUGUCGGAGCGAGGCGCACGGCCGGCGGAGCAGGAGAGGCGGUCCCCGGCCCUCAAACGCAAGGCCCCGCUCUCCAACCAGAGCAUCCUGGACCAGCUGUUCUCGUCCCAGCCGGCGAGGAAGAGGAGCCCGGCCAAGCCCAGCAGGAGGCUCCCCUUCAGUCUGGCGGCCCUGAGGGGUCGCCUCGGCCUCCCCUCCUGGGAGAACGGCCCCGACCCCCAGCCUCUCAGGCUUGUGGAGCGGCUGCCGUCUCACGGGGCCUGGGUGGUGACGUGUGGCGGAAAGCUCUCGUUGUUCAGCCCAUCUCGGGUGGAGGAGGCCUUGCUGUUCAAUCAGCUGUUGGAGAGGAAUGUGCUUCCAACAGCACCCCUAGAGGCCCCAAUACUGUUAACAGAUGGUGUCCUUGGUGGAGAAGAGUACACCAGUGCACUCUGUAGCAUGGAGAAAGAGAGUCCAGGAACCAGUGGAGAAACCUACUUCUCAGAUCCACGUCUUCUGUCAAACGGAUUUCAGAUUCGGCUGACCGCAGGGUCCGCCUCCGCUGAGAGUCGUUUGGAAGUUACAGGAAUAGCAGACGGCGUGCCCUUCCUUGGUGUUGCAGACCUGAAGGAAAUUUUGACAGCCGUAGUGGAGAGGAAUGCUACGUCUGUGAGAGAGACCAGGCCUCUCAAAGUCAUCAGCUACCUUCAGGGGGAGGCUGUGAGACAGAUUCGGCGGCUCCCUCUCAGCCUCUCUGCAGAGGAGGUGACGGACACUCUGUCCAGAAUGGAAGAGCAGCUGGGGGCCGGCAGCCAGACCUGUAUCCACGGACGCCCUUUCUUCCACCAUUUAAUUGACAUCCCCAAAGCAAAACAGGACGCCCUUCAGAUCCUGUCCAACACUCCAUAAAAUCACAAAACAUGCUGCUCUCUCGGGGGUGGGGAAUGCUAUACUACAGAUAUUAAGCUGUUUUUUGUUCUAUAUUAAACCAGCAUUAAAUUUAAAAUGUUUUUUUUUUCUGUCAGUACCUCAAAUUCUGUUUUUCUUUUACAAAAUGUCUUCCUCUACUACUACUUUAUAUGUAAGUGUUUGUGUUUGUAAAGAAAAUAUAUACAUGGUUCAUAAAUAAAUUGGCUGGUGUAUGUA